UCGAAUCGGAUGGAAGGAAGGCAGCCAGGCAGGCCCCGCUGCCCGACUGACCGUCCUCGACGUCUGUUGUACCUUUACUCCGGUCUAAGCGUUCUUCAGGAACGUACGUGCCGUUCUCCCAACCGCGCGAUCCCGCCUCGCAAAGGCAGACGUCAACCGUGACCGGUGUAACAACGUGCAUACUCUCUGUCUCUUUGCUCUCGAGUCGAAACCGCAUCUUCGUUACAGAUAGAAACAUUGGUCGCUGACAAAAACCAGACCAACAUCUUUGUUUCUUCAAUCCUGCGUCUCUGUUCCUCGUUCAAACAGGAUUCUGUACUUUUUUUUUUUAUCAUUAUUACUCAUCGCGUAAAACGACGAUACCAGUGAUAUGGCACAGCUGAUCAGCGUCAAGCUCUCCAGAUUCGACGGAUCUCCCUGGGGCUUUCGUCUUCAGGGCGGCAAGGAUUUUGGCACUCCGCUGAUCGUGCAGAAGGUUAAUACCGGUUCACCAGCCGAAGCAGCUGGUCUGAAGGCCGGCGAUGCAGUUAUCAGGGUGAACAACACCGAGAUGUACAAUCUGAGGCACAAGGACGCUCAGGAUGUUAUCGUCAGAGCUGGGAACAAUUUCGAGUUGACCGUACAGAGAGGUGGCGGUACCUGGAAGCCACACGUGUCACCGAUAAGUUCGAGUCUACCUUCACCAUCGCCCACGGGGAUGAGCAAUAUUGCUCCAGUUACCAAGACAUCCCUGGCAGCCAAGAAACAGGACGGAUCGCACAUCGGAAGCGGUCACAAUUUCAGUCCAAAACCAUUCCUGAAUGGAACGGGAGAUGGUUCGAUUAAAUCUAUCGUUAACAAACAGUACAACAGCCCAGUGGGUAUCUACAGCGAGGAGACCAUCGCGGAAACCCUGUCUGCGCAAGCGGAAGUGCUAGCAGGAGGUGUGCUUGGAGUGAACUUCAAAAAGAACGAGAAGAACUACAACGCGGAGAACAGUGAGGUGUUCAAAAUGGUCCAGGAAGCGGACAAAGAACCAAAGACGCCGGAACCUGUUCCUCCGAGAACAGAGUUUUACUCGUCGGUGAGCCACGCGAUUGGCGGAAGGGCCACAUCGCCGAGAUCACCCACGCCUCUCUUUCAUUACCUCCACGGUAGAGGUCCGGCCUCCAAUUCCAAUGAAACUUCUGCGAAACGUCAAGUCCAACGACAGGAGUCCUCUUCUCCCGGCUCAGUGUCAUCGUCAGCUGUCCGUUGUAGCAACUGCGACCGAGUGAUCGUGGGUGUCUUCGUCAGGAUCAAGGAUAAGAAUCUUCACGUGGAGUGUUUCAAGUGCUCCACCUGUGGCACUUCGUUGAAGAACGUCGGCUAUUACAACAUUAACAACAAAUUGUACUGCGAUAUACACGCGAAAUUAGUCGCCAGGCAAAAUGCACCUUCUGGAAUGGUUCCGGUCACUAUACCGCCAGGUGGAAAGGCUCCAGCGAGCACGAUUUCCGCUGCACUCGCCAAUGCACCGUUGUCUCCAUCUCUGAGCAAUCACGCAUUGUCGCCUCAACCAUUCUCUGCUUGCAAUCGUACGAGUCCCGAUUUCGGAUACCCGAAUUCCCGGCUGUCGUCCCUGAAUAGAAACGGAUGCAUCAGCAACGGGAACUGCCACUGGGAAUCGAAAACGUUUACGAGCACGAUCACCAUUCAGACGGGUUGCACAGAGGUUCGCAAUAACCCCGUGAAUUUUUACGCGACUCCCACCCGCCUUGGCACUACGCCCGUCGAUCCACCCAGUUUCCGAUCAGUCCAGGCUCCAACGUCGAACAAUUUAAUUGGUCCUAAGCCCUUCGGAGGAUCGAGUACUUUGUCAUCGAAUCUAUCAUCACCUCCGCUAGCGAACUCGGGGAAUAGCACUCUGCCACGACCACAGAGUCAGACUGUGACCGAAAACACGACGGAAACCCACGAAAAGUCCUACUAUUACGAGAUCAUCGAGAACACCAAAACCGAGUACCCUCCAAGCUCUGUAAAAUCGAAAAGCCUCAACUGGCCACCACCGAAGCCCAUAGAAGACGUCACCUAUCCUACCGCCAGUCCUUUGUACAUCGAUCCCAAUCCCGCCCUUGAUCAAAGAAGCACGCAAGCGGUGAAAGAAAAGAGAGCCUGCAUAGAGGCCUGUGAGAGAGCUCUGUCGCGAAAGAGGUGCGAAAGCACCGAUCGAGAGGUGGAAAGAGUCACCAGACAGUGUUAUCGCUUCGGCGAGGACCCGAUGGACCGUGUCAGUUGUCCAGGACCCGCUUACAGAAAGGUCGAGCUGGUGCAAACCACCGGUAGACAAUCGAGAAGCGAGGUAACAUCGAGACCCAGCUCGGCAGACAGUCUCAGGAGAUCUUUGACACCGACUAGAAUCGUCCAGCCUAUACCUAAGCCAUGGACAGCCACUGUUACCACAGGAGGUAACCUCUACGAGCAGAGCUAUGCGGGAAUCGAGCCACCAAAGGUGUGCAAGAAGUACCAUCACAAGGAGAUUUGUCAGAGGGAGAGAAUAUGCGAGAGGAACCAACCAUUCAGAGAGGAACAUCGUUCGUACAAGUCUGAGGUUUGUAGAUUGGAACAGACUAUCUGCGACAAGCCCCCGUUGCCCACUCAGCACACGGUGAAGCAGCAAGAGGAGAAAGAAGAGAUCACGGAGAUUGAUAAAGAGGUGACUGACCUGAGACCAGCGGAUGAAAUCGAGGACAACGGUGUGGGAAUUAAGGGGGAGCAUGAUUACUUCACCGAGGCAUCGGAGGAAGACGUAGACGGAAUGCACGUGAAGAAGAAGAUGACCUUUGAGAAGACUAUCGAGAAGAAUCCGUCUCCUGCGAGACCUAGUACUCCCAUGGUGGAAGAAGCAAGGGAAGAAACUAGGGAGGAAUCCCAGGAAGAAAUGGUGGAAACUUCUGAAGAAACGUACGCUAGAAGAACUGCUACACACAUUGACAGAGAAGUUGACGAGACGACUGAAGAAAAGACAGUGGUCGAAUCUGCCGAAGUGGUGACCACAGCGGUGGAUGUAACACAGAUGGUAGAACAGGCUAAACGGGAAGAAGAGGAGAGAAAGCGAGAGGAGGAGGAAGAAGAGAGACGAAAGAAGGAAGAAGAGGAGAGAAGAAGACGAGAGGAGGAAGAAGAAAGAAGAAGACGGCAAGAAGAGGAAGAAAGAAGAAGACAGGAGGAGGAGGAACGAAGCAGACAGGCGGCCUACGAGGAAGAAGCGGAGGAAGUGGAAGAAAUUCGUGAACAACCCCUGGGAAGAACAGUUGUCCGCGAAGAAAGAGUGACGGAAGCUGAGAGCGACACUCCAGGACAAAAGAAACUCAUCAAAGAGACGUACGAGGAAAUCACGGAAGAAGUACUGGUUCAAGAACGAGUUAGAAGAAAGGCAGCCAUCGAGAGUGAACGCAAGAAGAGUUUAAGAGAACAGGUACAGGUACAUAAAAGUUUGAGAGAUCAACAGGCACCGACAAAGGAUCGACGUGUAUGCUCCAAGUAUCCUCCAGCCGCAGAAGUCAUGGAAACUAAUAAGAAACGCGUUCAGUUCGUGAAGCAGACAGAGAGUGGUCCAAAACCGAUACCACACUCUGCUCUUCAGAACGCCACUGCAAAGGAGUGGAAGUCUGAAAUGGUGAACGCUUUGACAACCGCUCCUGACCGACCUUUCACGCCUCUCAGUACAUCUUCCAGCGUGAAAGAAGUGUACACGGAAGAGACUAUAUACUUGGAUCGUAGAUGUCGACCUAAACCACAGCCACAAGAUCUUCGACCGAUUUCUCCGUUCCAGGAAGCGCUCAUGAUCGCUCCGGAACGUCCUUAUACGCCUCUCAGUCGAGAAAUUGGACCUGAGGACCAGAAUAUCGCCAGUCGUUCGCAGACUCCGGUAAUCCAGGGUGAUGGAAGUCAAUACUGUCCACCUGCUGAUAUCCUUUACGGCGAAGGAAAGCGGAAAACUGCGCCUUCUCCUAAACUACCUGGUCCUAGACCUUUGCCAACUCCUCCACCUGACUAUCGCCUGAGGGAUUCUUCUCCAUCUCCGAUUAGAUCGCGACCUCAGACGCCCAGUGCUAAAAUAACAGCUACUUUGAAGAAACCAGACACGAUUCCAUCGUACCAGAAGCACUUGGUCGCUAUGAGGAAAAGCGCAGUGGAAAGUCACACGUACGAACCUCCGAGAACUCCAACUCCAACCCCAGGAAGAUCGAAAUCACCUGCUUUUGGACCACCAGAACCUCCUCCAUGUUACAUGAAAGCUCACGCUCCAAGGAUAAGAGAGGAUCCUCCUCCACCUAAGCAACAUAGUUCUAUACACUUCCCUACGAAGAAGAGCGUGUCUUACAAAAUAGACGAAGACACCGACGACGGACACAGACACGCAGAGUAUGCUGCUAGCAAGACUGUAGACUUUGACGAGAAACGAACAGCCGAUGCUGGAAAAGAGCCUACAGACGCGCUUCAUGCUCAGUACCAAGAAAAGAGAUACAUGACCAGCGAAGAAACGAACGAGAGCAAGCAGGCGAUAACAAAAAGAUCCCUCGAAGUCGCCGAAGACUUUGAGAGAUGUGAAAAGAGAGUACCAGCUCGGCCUCUUCCAGAACAACGAGAGAAACCACCUAAACCAACGUACUGUGCUAUUGGAAGGACAAGUCCUUCUUAUCAAUCCUCUCUGCCUUGUCCUCUGUCUUCGAAAACAGAAUCAAGCUCUGCUCAACCAGUCUACAGUAGCUCGACGGAAGUACGUCACGUUAACUACGGAACUCCACAAUCCAAGACCUGCCCAGACACCGGUGUAACAGUCUUACCCUGCAAAGCUCACUCUGACCAGGGUACCAAGGCAGGAGUAGUGGUGGUACCAUGCGAAGGACCCAACACUAGCUGCCAAAAAUCAGGCGUAUGCGUGGUACCAACGUCAGAUCGUUCCGGAGUCUGUGUCUCUCCCUGCUUCGGUAUGCAAACCGGAAGCUGUGCCCUGUCCGACGGUUGUUGCGGCCAACCAGGAGGUCGUUGCGGCCGAGAAUCCGCCUGCGACAUCGAGAUUCCAAACUGUCCAGAGUCUGGAAUCUGCGUAGCACCUUGUGCAGAUGGAUCAGUGUGCGUGGCACCCUGCAGCAAACCUGGUCUACCCGCUUCGAAGAAACUUCCCUAUCCUCAGAUCCCCCUGCCGUACGACGAACCUGCUAGAACCUGUCCUAGAAGCACCAACUCCUUCGAGCCAAUUCACAAGCCUCGCACUAACCUAAGUGGGCAACUCGCGCGACUCACUGCCAAAACCAAUGGCCAGAAAGUUCCCACUGUGCAAUUGUACAAACCCCAAGCCCAAGCCCAAACCCAAUGCCAAAGUAGCCAGAGCUGCUGCGACAGCAAGAGCUACUGCUGUAAGACCCAGAAUUAUUGUUGUUCCACCGAAACCCGCUGCCAGUCGAGCGGGCAAUGUUCGAAGAACACCCGCUGUCAAACCGGGAAUCAAUGUCAGACCCAGAAUUACUGUCAGGACGGUAUCCACUGUGAGCCCUCUCGUAAAACCCAGAGUUUAGUAGACCCACCAAAUUUGUCAUCCCACCCGGAUCUAGGUACCGGAGUCGGUGGUCUCGGUGGUGCCGGGUCGAAGAGCGGAUCGUUCGCUGGCAGCACGGCGCCAAAGCGAGGAAGGGGAAUCCUAAAUCAAGCGACUGGACCGGGAUCACGAUUGCCCCUCUGCGCCCAUUGCAACUCUUACGUCAGGGGGCCAUUCAUUACUGCCUUGGGACAAAUUUGGUGUCCUGAUCACUUCGUUUGCGUCAACACUCAAUGUCGUCGACCACUGCAAGAUAUCGGAUUCGUAGAGGAAAAGGGACAACUCUACUGCGAGUAUUGCUUCGAACGUUUCAUUGCACCAACUUGCAGCAAAUGCAACAGCAAGAUCAAAGGAGACUGUCUGAACGCAAUUGGAAAACAUUUCCACCCUGAUUGCUUCAAAUGCUCGUAUUGUGGCAAACUCUUUGGCAACAGCCCAUUCUUCCUCGAAGAGGGAUUGCCCUACUGUGAAGCAGAUUGGAACGAGCUGUUCACGACAAAAUGUUUCGCGUGUGGAUUCCCAGUCGAAGCUGGAGAUCGCUGGGUAGAGGCCCUGAACAAUAAUUACCACAGCCAGUGUUUCAACUGCACGAUGUGCAAGAAGAACCUCGAGGGCCAAAGUUUCUACGCGAAAGGCGGUCGUCCGUUCUGCAAAAAUCAUGCGCGUUAAAAUUCGAUCUUUUAACCGUGUAUGCGUGAAAAAAGGGGGGGCUAAGACGAGGAGUCUGAAAAAAAAAAAAUAGGAAAAAAAAGUUGCGAAGUGAACGCGUAUCUUAGCUUUACAAGCACGAAAAUUCAUUCUUGCACAAAACUGAUAUUCUAUCAAUCGUGAUUAUUUCUUGUUCUUCUUGUUAUGUAUUCGAUCGACGACAACUAACCCAAACAAAAAAAAAAACGAAAAAAAAAAGAAACGAGUGGGUGUUGAGAACACCCCGCUGAAUAAUCGUAGGACGAUCAGCGGAAAUAUUUAUUUCACGAACCACGAGUACGCCAAUUCUUUUUGAACGCGAACUAAUUUUAUCGAAAUACUUGUACUUCCUCGAUACAUAAAAACCUUCUUCUGCUUUUUAUCGAAAGCAGAACUCCUUGAGGUCGCAUUCAAGUCGAUUGAAAGUUGGGAAAAAAUGUGUCCUUCGUGUGUACUUCGAGGAUCCUCAAUAACGACGAACACUAUCCAGAAUCGCCCGCGCGAUUAUUCGAACAAUUAUGUGUAUCAGCAACGACGCGAUUUAUCCAACGAUUAAUAAAUUACGAUUGGGAAAAAUUGUCGCGGCUCGAUAUAUCGAACGAAAGGCUUAAACGAUCCGCCUAAAAACUUUGCCAGGCUGCUCGAUAAUUAAUUCUAUCGAGAAAAUAAUAAACGAGGGAAAACGCAGUCACGUAACCCGUGCGCUUCCGAUUCCCAGAUUAGAGUCUCGCACUCUGGGGCGAAGGUUA